CUCCUGCUGCACUUCCCUGAGGAAGAGGGACUAGGCUCCCUUGGCCAGCUGGACGCCCCCAGUGGUGAGGCUGGUCCCAUCUGGUAGGUUACAGCCACACUGGGCUCUGCCAGGGGGGCCACUGAGGAAGAAGGGCUUCUGUGGCUGGAAGAGUGGAGCUCCCACAUGGCCACCACCGCCUCCCCGCCGCCCCUCACCACCAAGGCUGCAGGCUUUGAGAACAGCUCCUUCCACGACUACUAUGAGUACUUCCUGGAGGAGGCGGCCUCCAUGCUGUGCAGGAAGGAUGAGGUGCUGUCCUUCGGCAGACUCCUCCUGCCGCUCCUGUACUUUCUGAUCUUCGUGCUGGGCCUGGGCGGGAACCUCCUCCUCCUGGUCGUCUUGCUCCGCUACGUGCCUCGCGGGCGGAUGACGGAGGUCUACCUGCUGAACCUGGCCAUCUCCAACCUGCUGUUCGUGGUGACCCUGCCCUUCUGGGGCGCCUCUGUGGUCUGGAACUGGGUGUUUGGGAGCUUCCUGUGCAAGCUGGUGAGCACGCUCUACACCGUCAACUUCUACAGCGGCAUCUUCUUCAUCAGCUGCAUGAGCCUGGACAAGUACCUGGAGAUAGUUCACGGUCAGCAUCACUGCAGGCUGAGGACCCGAGCCAAGAGCCUGCUCCUGGCCACUGUGCUGUGGGCGGUGGCCCUGGCCGCCUCCGUCCCGGACAUGGUCUUUGUGCAGACGGUGGAGAGCCCCCCGGGCGUGUGGAACUGCUACGCAGAAUUCGGAGGCCGGGGGACUGAGUGGAAGCUCUCCCUCCGCUUCAUGCAGAACACGCUGGGCUUCCUCCUCCCACUCGUGGCCAUGGUCUACUUCUACUCCCGCAUCGGCUGUGUCCUGGUCAGGCUCAGGCCCCCGGGCCAGCGCCGAGCCCUCAGGAUGACCGUAGCCCUGGUGGUGGCCUUCUUUGUGCUGUGGUUCCCGUACAACCUCACCUUGUUUCUGCACUCGCUGCAGGACCUGAGAGCCCUCUGGGACUGCAAGGUCAGCCAGCAGCUGGACUACGCCCUGCAGGUGACCGAGAGCAUUGCCUUCCUCCACUGCUGCUUUGUUCCUGUGCUCUAUGCCUUCUCCAGCCGCCGCUUCCGCCAGUACCUGAAGGCACUGCUGGCUGCUGUGCUGGGACGCCCGCAGAUGCCCGGCCCGGCCCCGGCCCCACUGUCCAGCUGCUCUGAGAGCAGCGGGCUCACUGCCCAAGAAGAAAUGACCAGCGUGAAUGAUCUGGGGGACAGGCAGGCUGAGGACUGCGCCAGCGGCUAGGCUGGGGGAGAAACUUAAGCCAGCGGGGCCGUGGCGGGACCCUGUGACAGGCCGCUCAGCCUGGCGGUGAUCUCACUUCUCAGCCCUCCGUGCCUUGUGCUCAAGCCUGCCUUCUUCCUUUAGCGUGUGUCUUUCCCUUUUUCUAAGUUUAUUUUAUUUGAUUUUUGUUUCUUAUUUAACCAGAGCACUUCUCAGCCCUGGCUUAGGGUGGUAUGGGGUUUGAACCUGGGACUUCAUUGUUCAAGGCAUGAAAGAAUUUUUGCAUAAGCAUUAUACUAUCUCCCCAGCCUCUAUUAUUAUUAGUUUUGUAUAAAGAGAGAAAUCGUGGGGGGAGAUAUAGAUGAUAUAGAUACAGAUAUAUCUAUAGCCCUGCUUCACCCAGCAUGAAGCUUCCCCCCUGCAAGUGGCUUAGACCCUGGUCCUUGAACAUUAUGAUGCAUGUGUUGUGCCAGAUGCACCACCACCCAGUCCCUUAUUUUUUUCUCUUUGAUUCCACCAGGGUUAUCACUUGGCCUCGGUGCCUGUACCAUGAAUCCAUGAAUCCACUGCUUUCACUGGCCAUUGUUUCAUUUUUUUUUUUUAAUUUUCUUAAU